AUGAUAAGUAGGGAAGAUUCCAUUUCUAUAAGAAGUGAUGAAUAAUCGUUGGAUUUGGAUUGUAGAAUUAUGAAACCAAAGUUUAAAUAACAAGACUAUGAUACAUAUUAAACAGAAAUCAGUACUUCAGUCUAUAAAAGGAUAAUGGAGAUUAAAUCUAGUUCAAGUGAGUAUAAAUUUAAACAAUGUCAUGAAUCUAUUUUUUCAUUGAAUUAAAAUGAGUGUAGAAGGAAAUUGAGUGACUUUUAAAUUUAAGAUUAAAUUGAAGAAUAAAUGAAAAAUGAUCAAUAUGUAAAUUAAAAUUUUGAUAUUUUAUUGGGAAGAGAUAAGAAAAGAAAGAAAAAAAAUAAAAAAGGAUCUUUAUACUCUGUAAAAAGUUAAUCUCAAUCACCAAUUAAGAAUUAAUAAAUCUAAUUAUUAGAAACUUAAUCAAAAAAGUCUUAAAGAUCUGUAAAUAAAAGUUCAACAUAUCAUAAAUCAAAAAAAGGUAUGAGUUAUUCUUAAGAUAAAUAAUUUGGAUUUACCUUAGAUUAUUAAACAAUAAGAAUUGCAUAAAGAUCUAAUCAUUUAUUAACUCAUUAAUUUGAUUAAUUUAAGGAUCCAAUCUAAGAAAAAUUAAGUCUUAAUUAAUUAAAUAUAUAUUCUUUAAAUGAAAAUAAAUUAGGAUAGAUGUACAGAAAUACUAAUAAUUAUUUACUGAAUACAUCUUAACCAAAAAGUAUAUUAAAAAGUAAAUCUGUAAGUAGUGAAAAUAGCAAUGGAGAAAAUAGUAGUAGAUAUAAAUCAAUGAAAUCAUCAAUUUUUAAAAAAGUUACAUUUGAAUCAAUUAAAGUUUAAAAUAAUAUGAAAUAAUCUCUUCACAAUUAAUAAUAAUUAAUAAUAAUAUAGUGA